AAGAAUUUUUAUAACUUGGAAAUAAAAGCAUAGAGAGAAAUAAUCAUGUUUACAAAGCGACAGCACAGUGAGAAUGAUAGUUAUGAGUUUCAACCUUCAAAUUCUAAAAAAAGUAAAAUAGAAACUCAAAAAAAUCCUGUAUCUCAAAUGCAUGAAAUGUAUCCUGGAAUUACUAUCGAUUAUAAAAAUGAAGGAACACCACAACAGCCUAAGUUUCUAGCUUUCACUACUGUUAAAGGCAAGCAUUUUGAUUGUUAUGGAGCUUCAAAACAAAAAGCCAAGCAAAAUCUUGCUAUCAAAAUACUUUAUACAAAUAAUUCAAUGAAUAACUCUCCUGCAAAUAUAGGCUACAGUGACAUUAGACCGAACCUUGUGAAAAAAAAUGGUUACGAACAAUCACAAAAACAAGACUAUUCUUUCUCUGAUGAGCGUGAAAUUUCACAAAAAAUGGUCAAUCAAAAAGAAUUUUUUAUGGAUCGUCAAGCAGUUGAUGAAGAUAAAGUGAGAUGUCAUCCGGCAAUGAUGUUAACUGAGACUUUUCCUAAGCUUGUUAUCAAUUAUGUUGAAGGAUUAGGAAAGGGGGAUCAUCAGUUUAAAGCUGCUGCUGAAAUCAAUGGAAACAUGUUUUAUGGGGAGGGACGAAGUAAGAAAAUAGCAAAAAUUAAUUUAGCAAAAUCAGUUUUUUCAUGCUUAUACAAUAUUCGUGUGUAUAAUGAAGAAAACUCUUUGAAACCCCCUAAAAAGGACCUCAUUAAAAAUGACGAAACUAAUCUUGAAAAAAUGUUUCCACUGGCUCAGUUAAAAAAUCUUCUUGGUGGGAAUUUAAAGUUUGAAAUUGUUAAGCAAGAGCCACUUCCUGGAAGUAAUGAACCUGUAUUUCAUGCCACGCUAGUUGUAGAGGGUGUUGCUUAUGAAGCCAUAGGAAAGUCUAAAAGUCUUGCCAAAUUGCGAACAGCCAAAAAAGUUUUGGAAAUCAUGAAGCCUAAAAGAUGUGACACAUCUGGAAAGAUUGAUACAUCAAGACAUCCAAAUACAGUCUUUAAUGAACUAUAUCAAGGUGUAAACUUUGUGGAAAGUGAAGCAAAAGGAGUAAAUGACAAUUUAGAAUUUCAUUAUGAAACCACGAUUGAGGGAAAAGUAUUUAAAGAAAAAGCAUCGUCAAAAAAAAAGGCUAAGCUACGACUCAUAUUAAAAGUAUUUCAAGAAUUGAAUGGAAUUCCACCUGUUGAUUGGACAUCUAUAGAUUCUAGCGAUACAGGUCAUGAUAAAGAAACAGGUCUCUUACAGGCUCAUCAGCCAAUUGUUUUACUUACUAAGUUGAAUCCCCACAUAAGAUUUACUAUGACAGAGGAUAUUAUUGAUGGUGCCAAAAAGUAUAAAGCUAUUGCCUUUGUAGGUGAACAAGAGUUUGUGGGAGAGGGUGUCAGUAAAAAAGCUGCCAAAACCGCAGCAGCUCGAAUAACUUUAAAGAUUUUAUUUGGUAUUGAGCCUGAGAAUUACAAAGAGCCAGGAGAAUUCGCUGAUGACGAACCAAAAAACGAAAUUUCUGCUGAAUUUAGCGACAGUAUUGCUGAUGCUGUCCAAAAUCGGUUUGCAGCUUUGUUACAAGACGAAAACCAAAGUAAAGUUAUUGCAGCCUUUGUUUUAUGUAUUUACGAAGGUGAAGAUGUAGCACCCAAGUUAAAAGUUAUUAGCAUAGGCACAGGCACAAAGUGUAUUAGUGGCGAACAGAUAGGGCAAAAAGGUGAAACUUUGAAUGAUUGUCACGGAGAAAUAAUUGCUUGUCGUGGUUUCCGACAGUUUUUAUAUGAUGAACUAGUUAAAUCUUUGCAGAAAAAAACUGACGUUAUUUUUAAAAGUAAAGGUAACGGUAAAUUUGUUCUAAAACCAAAUAUAAAAGUAUAUCUUUAUAUUAAUACUGCACCAUGUGGUGACGGACGGGUGUUUUCUCUACACGUUCAACAAGGUGCUAAAAAUAAAACCGCUGGUAUGUUAAGAACGAAGAUAGAAAACGGCCAAGGUACAAUUCCUGUUCCUGAAAAAAGUAUACAAACAUCAGAUGGAAUCCUUGAAGGCGAACGAUUGCGCACAAUGUCAUGUAGUGAUAAGAUUUUAAAAUGGAACGUUUUAGGAGUUCAAGGUGCACUACUGAGUUUGUUCAUUGAGCCAAUUUAUUUGCAUGGGAUUGUUGUUGGUCUUCAUUAUAACUACGAUACUUUAAAACGUGCACUGAUUAAGAGAAUAGCAAAAAUGGAUUCUUUUUCUCAACCUUAUCAAUUAAACCUGCCUUCUCUUGGACAUCCGAGUAAAAUAGACGCAGUUCGAGAUACUUCAAAGUCAACAAGUAAUAGCUUCAAUUGGUAUUAUGGCCAGAAUACCGUCGAAGCUGUUAAUUCGAUUACAGGACAAACCGUUAUUCAAACCCCUUCUCGAUUGUGCAAACUGGCUUUUUUUGAUAAACUACGAUUGGUUAUUUCCUUAAGUUCGAACCGUUUUGCGUUUCAAACAUAUCACGAUGCAAAGAUGUUAGCAAAGGAAUAUCAAUCAACUAAAGAAUAUUUUUUUAAAGCGCUUAGCGAAUCGUUGUGCGGUAAAUGGAUUGGUAAACCUUAUGAACAUGAUAUGUUUGGAUACUGAAAACUGAAAAGUAAGCUAAAUUUAGCUUUUUUUAUUUUACCAAGGUACAAAUUUGUACGAAUAUUAUACUUUUA